CAACCCCAACAGGUUUGCAGUGCAGACCGUUAAAGCCCUGCUGCGCCAGCUGCUGGGUGAGGACGUGUUGAUGGCGAUCGGUCGCAAGUGUGGCUGGGACAUGCUCCUCAAGGCUGACAGCCACCACUAUGCAGUGGGUCUGCUGGCCAGGGAGCUGUGCCGUGUCUCCCGCUCCUUCGGUCGCACCAUCGCCGUCAGCCUGCUCCCGCGGCUCAGCAGGGGAGAGCCCCUGUGGGAACUGCCUGCCCUGGCGUUCCUGGUGGAGGUCCUGCACUGCCUGAACGCCAGACAAUGUGGGCCCAGCGUCCUGCAGAUUAUUUCCAGGCACCUGCGCAGUCAGUGCCCGGAGAGGCGUCGCCUGGCGCUCCGAGGCCUGGUGGUGCUCAGCAAGGCUCCCUCAAUGGCUAAGAGCAUCCGGAGCCUGAAUGAAAGCCUCCUGGAGCUACUGCAGGAUGCAGACACAGACACGGUUCAGAUGACCCUCUCUGUGUUCAUCAAUGUGCUGGGCUUGAAAAUCAUCCAAAUAUCCAGCCCCACUGCCCUGAAGUUUCUUGAGGCGCUGCGGCCACUCUUUGAUAACGAGCACAGCCAGCUGCAGCAGCUCUCCAUGCUCCUCUUCCGGGAGCUGAUGGAGGCGACAGAGAGGAGCAAGAGCCUAAAGCCACACGUGUACCUGAGUCUGGUGCCAUUCUACUUCAACUGGCACGAUGAGAACCAGCGUGUGGCAGAGGCCUCUCGGAGAGCACUGUUUGGUGCAGCCAAGUUCCUGAAGUGGAGGGAUCUUGAGCACUUGGUGACCAUGGAGCAGCCGUGGAGGUUUCCCGAGUGCCUGCUGGAAAAGGACAGGAGCCGAGUGGGCCAGUACGUGCACCAGGCCCUGCCGUUCCUGGAGAGCCCAGAGGAGCCCCUGCGAAAGCUGGCCAUCAAGUUUCUGGGGAUCGCCGCCAGGUCCAUGAAGCAGGAGCAGCCAGAGCUGCAGCUCAUCUGCCAGGCCCUUCAAGGCAUCACUGAUGACAGCCCUGCCGUCUCAAACCUGGCCAUUGAAACGCUCCACAUCAUCAGAGCUCCCGUAGAGGCAUGA